AUGGCAUCGAGAGUGUUGGAAGUUUCGCCCAAUUGCCUUCCUUCAUUCCAUGGCUCGCUUGUAUCUUCCCAGACACAAACUCCACCUCUCUUCACAUCCCUUCAAACUCAGCUCUUUGAAGCUGUUAAAGAAAUUCUUGAUGCUAAGCAGAAAUUCUCUCGUGAUUCUGCAAUUCUUGCCGCCUUUGCCAACAAACUGAGAGAAGCCGAGAGGUUUGUCCGUGGUGCACUGCCACCCUCCCCACAAGAGGAGCAAUUGCGUGCUUCUCAGUUAUAUAGUUUCUCUGACCUUGAUGUCGGUUUACCUAAAACCAAGGAGAAAACAUUAAUUGAACCAUUCAUCAAAGCUCCAACUGCACAAUCCAAUCCACUUGCCAAUCUUCAGCUUCCAUCUGGUGAAUUGCCAACCACUUUUCCAUUGCCAUUGCCAUUGCCUAUUCCUGGUGGUAGAAUGGAAGAUGAACCACCACUACCAUCCAAAGUUUUACCUCCGAUACGGGUUCGGCAUGUCCAGCUUGACAUUGAUGACGACAGUAGUAGUGACUAUAGUAGUAGUGAUGUGGGAAGCUCUGAUGAUGAAGAUUGA